CUGAUGAAACAAUAGAUUAUGUUUCGAUCGCCGAGCAAAAACAUCCGGAUCACAUGUAUACAAGCAAACCAAUUAACACGCGGGAAAUUGAUCAAAAGUUGUCGGAAAUGGAAUUUGGUAGCAAAAAGAUAGAUAGCGUGGAAAUUUCAAAAAUAUGUGAUUUUUAG